AUGAAGUUCCUGUUGACAGUGACUUGGUACUGGUCUCAGAGUAGCUUCCAGAAAGGUCGGCUGGCCUGGCUGAACCCUCUCUCUGGCUGGUUGUCUACCCACGAUGAGCGCUGGGCGGGCAGGUUGUCCAUUUCCAAACUUGCGCUGAACAUCACAAGAGUCCAACGGCAAGGCUUUGGCACUUUUGUCCUUUCCAAAUUGGUCAGAAUGGGCGGUGAAGUCACACUAGCAUACCUGCCAACUACUCCGUCUGCCGACCCUGCCUCUUCUCCUCUGUUGCCUGGACAACGUCUGACGCUGUCCUGCCAAGUGGUCGCUGCUGAAAGUGACACCUUGGCUGACAUCUACUGGUUGAGUCCGGCGGGAAUCCGAAGUCGUCAGUGUCCGCACGAAGGAAAAGUCCAUGUGGACGUUACAGACCGAGAUGACGGCACAUGGAGCUGCAUUGUCAUUAGAGGAAGAGAGGAGGCGAGGGCCACACUUUCUAUCACACUUCUUGACCUCCACCCGGCUCCUCUCCAUCCACAGUAUGUGUCCAAACUUCCCACUCACCUCUCCUGGGAACAAUUCAAAGACAAGGGCCUCCAAGAAGUCAGCUGGUAUUUCAUCCCAAAAGCGUCCUUUCAUCUUUUUAAUGCAAGUCUGCAGGAGCUCUUCUCCCUCUCCCUGACGGAUAAGGAGCUGACAUGGCUGCCGGUUCAAAGCAGGGGCUUUAGUCCUGUUCCAGACCUCCAAAGAGGGGACUUGUCUCUGACUGAAAAAGGAGUAAUGGCAGAAGACAGAGGAGACUACAAGUGCGCCUUCAGAUUUAGCAACAGGUUGAUUCUGGAAAAGACUGUGAGCGUUGAAGUGCUGCAGGUUGUCUCCUCUCCGGGCCUCUCAAUUGAUUGAUUGACCUGUGGCCUGGGUCGUGUGUUGCCGUCUAACCUUUGGGUGAAAUGUUUCCCACCUGAGCAGUCCUCCGCGUGGUCUCUGCUCAGCUCGGGGCAUCACCCGCCUCAAAUCGUCAUUCCGGGAGCGGUCCGAGGGGACGGCGGCAGGUGGAGGUGUGACCUGUGGCGGUGCGACGCCCGGCUGACGUCGGCUGAGAUAACGUUGACUGUCGGUAGGUGUGGAAAGUGCGAGUGUAACCGAGAGGCUUCGCUUGCUGACGUGCUGUGUGACGACUGUGUCUAUUUCCACAGAGACUAA